CUCUUUCCUACUGUACACACCACCACCACCUAUACACACACCAUGGCCUCCGCCCUCUCCACCAAGCUCCACCUCAAGAACGCGCUCGCUGCCGGGCAGCAGGGCAUCGGCUUCUGGCUGACCUUCCCCGGCCCGCACGUCGUGCGCGCUGUUUCCGGCAUCAAGGGGUUCAACUGGGCGUGCGUCGACGGCGAGCACGGCGCCAUCGCCGACCCGGACUACUAUGAGCUCUGCAACGCCCUCGCGUCCAACGGCGUCUCGCCCAUCAUCCGCGUGCCCAACGCCGAGGAGUGGAUGGUCAAGCGCGCCCUCGACGCCGGCGCCCACGGCGUCAUGACCCCCAUGUGUCACACUGCUGAGGACGCCCGCAAGAUUGUCUCGUGGAACAAGUACCCUCCGCGCGGAACCCGCGGCUUUGGCCCCAUCUACACGGGGCACGCGUUCGGCAACGCCGCCGAGGCCGACUACGGCGCGGCGGCCGACGACUCCCUGAUCGUCAUGGUGCAGAUCGAGUCGCGCGCGGGCGUCGAGAACGUCGAGGAGAUUGCCAAGGUCGACGGGCUGGACGUGCUGCUUAUCGGGCCGUUCGACCUGUCCAAGUCGAUGGGCGUGCCCUUUGGCGGCGAGGAGCACCAGGCGGCGAUUGCGCGUAUCCUCGCUGCGUCCAAGGCGGCCGGCAAGGCCGCCGCCAUCUUCUGCGUCAACGGCGACCAGGCCGCCACGCGCCUCGCCGAGGGCUUUGAGGUCGUGUCGAUCGGCACGGAUAUCGGCUCGCUCGUCGCCGACAUGACCAAGCAGGUCGCUGCGGCCACUGGCGUCUCGGCCGCCAAGAAGGGCGGCGCGUACAGCUAGGCGGAGGGGUGGGACUGGGCGUGCAGCGAGGCAGUGAAAAGGAUAUGCAGUCUAUGAUGAG